AUGUUACUGGUGUAUCGUUGCCUCAUAUGUGACUUCAAACUGGAUCUUUCUUGUGCUAAGAACCCACCGUUGCUUGAGGUUGACCAGGAUCAACAUAAACUCCACCUCCUUAAGAAGAAAGUCUCCUUCACUUGUGAUGCUUGCGAGUUAGAAGGUGAUCGAUCUCCUUAUCUUUGCCUCCCUUGCAAUUGCAUGUUUCAUGUCCGUUGUGUCAAUCUCGGACAUGGCUCACCACGCAUAUGUUCCAUUCUCCCUGGAAUUUGGUAUUGUGGUUGUGGUUCGGUCCAUUCAGAUGUUGUUGAAUGUGGAAAGAUAAAAGAACUUGAAGAAAAAUUGAACGACGGUGAUGAUGACGACGAUGAUGUUGUUAUUGGGCCUGUUUGUACAGAUGUCAAUACAAUAAUACUCCAUUUCACACAUGACCAUUAUCUAAAAUUUCACCAAGAUGGUCGAGUUGAUGAUGUGAAUGCAAGAUGCAAUAUGUGCAAGUUAUCUGUUGCUUCUACUCCCCAUUACGCUUGCAUAGUUUGUUCUUUCUUCCUUCAUCAAAGAUGCACUGAGCUCCCUCGGAGAAAGAGAUCUAUUCUUCAUGACCAUCAUCAACUUUGUUUGGAAGGCAGUAACUCCACACCAGAUUUGGAGUUUCAUCAAAAUUACUUUUGUUGCAAUGCUUGUGGCCAUUUUAAUGAUGGUAUCAAGUAUACAUGUCAUCCAGGUUUCAACUUGGAUAUAGGAUGCGCUUCAAUCACUUUGCCCUUCAAAUCUGAUAUCCAUCCACACACACUUACUUUUGUAUCAACUAGCAAAAGAAAAUGUGGCGUCUGCGAGUUAUGGGCUUCCCCUGUUCUGUCUUGUGGUGAAUGUGAUUUCUUUUUGGGUUUUGAUUGUGCUCAGUUACCUGUAUUGGCAAGUCACAAGUACGACAAGCAUGCUCUCCGCUUAACCGGGGAUGUAACUCGUAGAGAUGAUUACUGGUGCGAGAUUUGUGAGAAGAAAGUUGACGGGAAUGCAAUAUUCUAUACUUGUGAUGACAGCUCUUGUUGCUCCACCUUUCACACUCAUUGUGUAAUUGGUGGUCUAAACUUGGAUUUACAUUUCUGCUUCAUGUUGUUUGGCCGUCAGUAUGUGGUGGAUGACAACACUUUUGCUGCGCCAAGACAUUGCUGCAUAUGUGGCUUAGGAUGCAAAGGUCCCAAGGUUAUAAAGAUCAAUCAGGUUGGCCAUGCUGAUAAGUACUUGUGUUCUUCUAGCUGUUUGAUGAGAAACCGCUAUCUUCUACAGAAUGUGUAA